AUGGUUUCUGCCCUAAUAAAGACUAUAUCAUCCUACAUUAAAAAGAUUUGCAAAGGAAUGUUUACAAAGAAAUUGGCAAAACCAAUAAAGAAGAAAGAGAGAAGCGAAAUUAAAGAGCCCAAAUUGACCACUGAUUUGCAAGAACACAAUCUAACUCUCUCUACCACACUGAAGACUACAGUUAAAAAGAUUUCCAAAUGCUCUUCGGCACGUAACAUAUCACUUGAAGAGGACGACGGAAAGAACGACUGCUCAUCUCUGUCACCCACUUUUAGCUAUCGUGUAGCUAUAGCAAAUGGACUUCCGAAAAACUCUCUUUUUUUGAAUCAUAAUGAAAGCAUCUUUCCCGAGGUUCUUUCAAUUGAUAGUAGCUACUCUGACACCUUGAGUGAGACAAAACCUGUCAGACGACUGGAUGAACAAAAAUCUCACACUAUGCCAGUAAGACGAAACAGAAAGAGCCUCAUCAGUUUGGCUCCCUCUGAUGGCAGUUCUGAGGGUGAACGAGUGGAACGGUCCAGUCUUCACACACUUAGGCUGGGUGCUCUACGCAAGUUAAGAAAAUGGAAAAAGAGUCAGGAGUGUGUCUCGUCAGACUCCGAGGUGAGCAAUUGGAGGAAAACCCUGGGCAUCCGGAGCAAGUCCUUGGACCGUGCUGGACGGCAGCAAAAGAGUUCGACCCUGGAGCCUGGCUCCUCCUCCACAGGCUGCAUCAGUCAAACCCAGGAUGUCAUGGAGAUGAUAUUUAAAGAGCUUCAAGGAAUCAGUCAGAUAGAGACAGAACUGUCUGAGCUACGUGGUCAUGUAAAUGCUCUUAAAAGCUCCAUUGAUGAGAUCUCCAGCAGUGUAGAGGUAGUUCAGAGUGAGAUUGAGCAGCUUCGCUCAGGAUUUGUACAGUCUAGAAGGGAAACACGAGAUAUUCAUGACUACAUAAAACAAAUUAGUCACCAGGCCAAUAACUCAACCUUACGAUUCAUCAAUGUUCCUGAGGAAAGGUCAGAGAAAACAGAGAUUAUUAUAUACAAAAUAUUGAAAGAGAAAAUGGGUUUCAUUGAUGCCCAUAAAACAAUUAAAAUUGAGCUUGCUCAUAGGUUAGGACAACAAAGAGAAUGUUCAAAUGCAAAACCCCGCCCUAUUAUUGUUAUUUUUGCAACAACCCAAGAUAGGGAUGUAGUGUUGAAAAAAUGCUAUAAACUUAAAGGAACUGGCAUUACAGUUUCUACUGACAGCUUAACUCAUGAUGGAAAAGACAGAAAAGACAAAACAAUGUCUUCCUCACAAACUUAUGAAAGCAUGGAUAUAAAGGUCUCAGGAAAGGAUAAAGUGGUGGAGAGUGACGACUGGGACUCGAUGGACAGUGAUAAAGAAUUAGAUGAAUUAAGCAGAAAUAAAUAUGCAAUGGUGAUUUCAAAGCCUGUUCACAAGAGCAAAUCAGAGAAGAGGAGAUCCCAUGACCAUAGUCGGUCAGGAGAGGAAGCAGGCUACUCAGGCACAGUUCACUAUGCUGAUGACUCUUACUAUGACCCAGACAAGCAUGCAAAGGCAUACUACUCUGUGACCCCUGGUUGGCUUUCCCAGAGUGACUAUUCCACCCCUAAACUGAGCCGUUCAGAGUCUGACUGCUCAAAACUUUGCCAGUCAUACUCAGAGGACUUUUCAGAGAGUCAGUUCUUUACACGGGCUAAUGGCUGCUCCCUUCUGUCCUCCUCAGAUCAGGAACUAUGGCAGAGAAAACAAGAGGACAUGGCUACCUCCUGGUAUGCUAGCCCAAGUCACACACUUAGCCACGAGAAUCAAACCUAUGAACAUAAUGAGGUUGAGACUACAGAAACUAUUGACAGUGGUGUGAGCAAUGGACUUGUCUGCAUGUCUGGAGACAGAAGCCACUACAGUGGCUCACAGGUCUCUCUGCAAGGUGACCUUUCACCAUGGAAAGACUGGCAUCAUCUGGAGCAGGGUGCCGACUCUGGUCUGGAAGCCUCCAUCGAGGUUAACAGUCCCUUUGACCCAUCAACCAUUCCUGGUUUUCCAGAAAACAUCACUAAAUGUCAGGAGGUGGAUUUACAAUUUGAGGGAGAUGAGGAAUUCAUGAUGCUUGACAGAGAAUCUUGCCUACCACCUAUUACCACCCACAUUAUCCCUCCCAUCGCAGAAAGGGAGUCUGUCAUCAAGACACCUGCCCGGCAGUCUAAAGAGGGAUGCAAGAUGACAACAAAAGAAAGCAUGAAAGCAUCUUCUAAAGAUUCCCCUAAAGCGGCCACUAAAGUGACACAAAAACAAACUAAAUUAACUCAUAAAGAAGAAACCACCAAAAUAUUACCAAAGGAAAGUCCGAAGGUAUCUGCUAAGGUUUUACCUAAAGUGACUUCUAAAGCUGCUUCUAAAGAAUUUCCUAAAGAGAUUCAGACAACAGUUAAAGAAUCAUCACAAGCCCUCCCGAAAGACAGUAAACCACCUAAAGUUGCCCCCAAACCCACUGUUAAAGAGGUAUCUAAAGUGACAUCCAAGGUAACUUCUCCUGAGGCUUCUAAAGUCACCCCUAAUGUUACACAAAAAAUUAGCCCGACAAUGACUCCAAAAGCAAGUCCUAAAGAGUCACCUAAAGAGAGCCCGAAAAUAACCCCAAUUGAGAGCCCGAUCUCAACCCCUAAAGAGUCCCCUAAAGAAUCUCCUAAAGAGUCCCCCAAAGUCAUUGCUAAAGAACCCCCACAAGUUCCAUCUAAAGAAGCUCUGAAAGUAACUGCAAAAGAGGUUACCAAAGAAACGUCAAAACCACCCUCAAAAGAGGUCGCAAAGGAGAUGCCAAAAGUAGCACCUCAGGAGAUUGGUAAAGUACCCACUAAAGAAGUUUCUAAGAUUCCACCUAAAGAAACCCAAAAGGUACCCUCUAAGGAAAAUUCUGUAGUGGAACAAAAAGAGACCCCAAAGGUUGCCCCAACAGAUGCCCCUAAAGUAGCACCUAAAGUAACUUCUAAUGAUGCCCCUAAGGAACGCCCCAAAACCAUUCCUAAAGAGAAGUUCCCUGAACUGGAUGUCAAUCAUAGCUUUCACCAAACUCAGAAUAAGACUUCAACUAUGUAUCGCAGUCAGAGUGAGAUUCGAACAGAGAAGGUUGAGGAGGUUCCCAAGUCUUGGAGCAGUAGGCUCAGCAUAGAUCUCAGUGAGAAGUCCUUUGGUUUUGGGUUUGGCUCUACACUUCAGAGGGCAAAGUCAGCUCUUGAGGUAGUUUGGAAGUCUGGCACUCCAGGUACCCCUGCUCCUCCUGAAGAGCCCACCAACUCUUCCACAUUUAUGGGACGUUUCCGCACCAUGUCAACCUCCGCUGCAAGUGAGUCUAGUACUGCAAUAGACUCUGAUGUCGGCACCGAGCCUGUCUUCCACAAGGCAGAUGAAGAAAAAAAAGCUGCAGAGACAGAAUCUCGGGAACAAUCAGUGGAUAAUGAAACCCACUAUGUUGAAGUGAUGGAGCAGGUACUUGCCAACUUGGAGAACCGAACUAAUGCUAGUGAGACAGAGGAAACUGAGGAAACAGAGGAGACAGAUGAGGCUGCACAGGAUUGUGAGACUUCUCAGGACUAUGAUGUGUCAGAUGAUAUUGAGGCCUCUCAAGACAAUAAUGCCUCUCAGGAUUUUGAGGCCCCCCAAGAAUUUGAAGCCACAGGUGACUUUGAGGCAGCUAAAGAGGCACAAGUUCUUGAGUAUGAUUGCAGUUUGGAUGAGCAGUAUGAUGAAGAAUACAGUGAGGAUUAUGAAACCCAACUUACUGAGGACACUGCUGAAUAUGAUGCAAUGGUGGAGUAUGUAGAUGUAGAAGAACCGGAUGAGACUGAGGACAAUGAUGUGACAGAGGAAAUGGAUGAUGUUGAUGAGGAGUUAGAGGAGGUUGAAGAGAUAGCAGAGGAGGCUGCUGAUGUUUUGGAAAAAGUGGACCAACAGCAAGAGGAUGAAAACAAAAAUGUUGCAGAGGAGAAACCCACAGAGGCCCCACCCAAGAAACGUGUUAGACCCACAUUCAAGGAGGCAGCACUGAGGGCCUACAGGAAACAGAUGGCUGAACUGGAACAGCAGAUCCUGGCAGGGGACAGCAGUGCUUUGGAUACACAGCCUCGCAGUAUUUUGGAUCCCAAACUGCUCGGCUUGCAGUCUGGAGGGGCUGGCAGUAUUCUUUAUGGUAUUGACAGUAUGCCAGAUUUACGCCGCAAGAGGACAGUGCCUCUUGUCCGGGACCUGGCUUUGACCCUCACUGCUCGAAAGGCAGGCCUCUCGUUCGCUCUGGUGAACCGGUCCACCCUGAAUAAUGAGGACCUGAAACUGCACGUCUUCAAGAAGACUCUGCAGGCCUUGAUCUACCCGAUUUCAUCCACAACACCCCAUAACUUUGAGGUGUGGACGGCGACUGCUCCCACUUACUGCCAUGAGUGCGAGGGGCUGCUGUGGGGCAUCGCCCGUCAGGGCAUGCGCUGCUCCGAGUGCGGUGUCAAAUGCCACGAGAAGUGCCAGGACCUGCUCAAUGCAGAUUGUUUACAAAGGGCAGUAGAGAAGAGCUCCAAGCAUGGGGCAGAGGACAAGACUCAAAAUAUCAUCAUGGCUAUGAAAGAGCGCAUGAAGAUAAGGGAGAAAAACUGUCCUGAAGUGUUUGAGGUGAUCCAGGAGAUGUUCCAAGUCUCCAAAGAAGAAUUCAACACCCAUCUGAAGACAGCCAAGCAGGCUGUGCUGGAUGGGACCUCCAAGUGGUCUGCCAAAAUCAGCAUCACAGUCAUGAGUGCACAAGGAUUACAGGCCAAGGAUAAAACUGGCUCCAGCGACCCUUACGUCACCGUCCAGGUGGGCAAGACCAAGCGCAGGACAAAGACCAUCUUCGGCAACCUCAACCCCAUCUGGGAUGAGAAGUUUUUCUUUGAAUGUCACAAUGCCACUGACCGCAUCAAGGUGCGUGUGUGGGACGAAGAUGAUGACAUCAAGUCACGGGUGAAGCAGCAUUUCAAGCGUGAAUCAGAUGAUUUCCUGGGCCAGACCAUCAUCGAGGUUCGCACUCUAAGUGGAGAGAUGGAUGUUUGGUACAAUCUAGAUAAAAGGACGGACAAGUCUGCGGUAUCUGGUGCCAUCAGGCUCAAGAUCAGUGUGGAGAUGAAAGGAGAGGAGAACGUUGUUCCUCCUCAUGGCCAGUACACCUGUUUACAUGAGGUUUUCAAAGACAAAUCUUUCCACUACCUGACCGAGGUGAAGAACAGCGGUGUGGUGAAGAUCCCGAAGGUGAAAGGGGACGAAGCAUGGAAAGUCUAUUUUGACGACGUUUCUCAAGAGAUAGUGGACGAGUUCGCCAUGAGAUACGGAGUGGAGUCCAUCUAUCAGGCUAUGACGCACUUUUCCUGUCUGUCUGCCAAAUACAUGUGUCCUGGUGUGCCAGCAGUGAUGAGCAACCUGCUUGCUAAUAUCAACGCUUACUUCGCCCACACCACCACCACCACCACAACCACUGCCUCCGCAUCUGACCGAUUUGCUGCCUCUAACUUUGGGAGGGAGAAAUUUGUCAAAUUACUGGACCAGCUGCAUAACUCACUGAGGAUCGACCUUUCUAAAUAUCGGGAUAAUUUCCCUGCAGGAAACCCAGAGCGCCUCCAAGAUCUCAAGUCCACGGUUGAUUUGUUGACCAGCAUCACCUUCUUCAGGAUGAAGGUUCAAGAGCUCCAGAGUCCACCGAGAGCCAGUAUGGUGGUGAAGGACUGUGUUAAAGCGUGUCUGGACUCUACGUACAAAUACAUUUUUGAUAACUGUCAUGAACUAUACAACCAGCUCCUCGACCAGAGUCGAAAGCUGGACAUUUCACGGGAAGAGCAGGGUCCGUCGAUAAAGAACCUGGACUUCUGGCCAAAACUCAUCACUCUCAUGGUGUCUGUAAUCGAUGAGGACCGGACUGCUUACACCCCAGUCAUUAACCAGUUUCCACAGGAACUGAAUGCGGGCCAGAUCAGUGCCGAGAUCACGUGGAACCUUUUUGCCCUGGAUAUGAAGUAUGCAAUGGAAGAGCAUGACAAGCAACGCCUAUGCAAGAGCACUGAAUACAUGAAUCUUCACUUCAAAGUCAAAUGGUUCCAUAAUGAAUAUGUCCGUGACCUGCCCGCCUUCAAGGGUGUUCCACCAGAAUAUUCACUGUGGUUCGAGCCCUUUGUCAUUCAGUGGCUUGAUGAGAACGAGGACGUUGCAAUGGAUUUCCUCAAUGGAGCACUGGAAAGGGAUAAAAAGGACGGAUUCCAGCAAACCUCAGAGCACGCUCUGUUUUCCUGUUCAGUGGUGGAUGUCUUCACUCAACUAAACCAGAGUUUUGAGAUAAUCAAGAAGCUGGAGUGUCCCAACCCACAGGCUCUGGCUCACUUCAUGUGCCGCUUUGCGAAGACUAUCAACAAAGUUCUUCUGCAGUAUGCUGCAAUCAUAUCGAAGGACUUCCCUUUGCAUCUGAGUAAGGAGAAAUGUGUGGGUUUUCUAUUAUGUGGGUUUAUUCUCAAGCUAAACAACUGUAAUAACACAGUCUCAAUAACCGUAAACGAUCCAUGCAUCAUCCUAAACAACAUCCAGCAGCUCCGAGUCCAACUGGAGAAGAUGUUCGAGUCCAUGGGCGGCAAACAGGAGGAGGGGGUUGUGUCCUUCUGUAAGCUGGAUGCAGAGGCCAGUGAACUGCUAAAAGAGCUGCAGAAUAAACUCAACACCGUGCUGGAUGAACUCAGUGGAGUGUUUGGCUCCAGUUUCAAACCUGUGAUCGAGGACUGUGUGAAGCAGAUGAACCAGGAGCUGGUUCAGAUGAAAGGCCCGGCCAAAGGAAGCAACGCUGCCAUGGACGCUGAGUCCGUCCUCCGGCCUCUUAUGGACCUUCUGGAUAAAAAUUUGAUGUUAUUUGCCAAGAUUUGUGAGAAGACUGUGCUGAAACGAGUCCUCAAAGAGCUUUGGAAAAUUGUGCUGAAUACCAUCGAGAGAACAAUUGUUCUGCCUCCACUGAAUGACCAGAGUCAAGGAGCUCAGAUGAUAUUUAAUGCUGCCAAGGACUUGGGACAGCUGUCAAAACUCAAGGAACAUGUCAUUCGAGAGGAAGCCAGAAGUCUGACUCCACGACAAUGUGCAGCCAUGGACCUCGUGCUUCCCACCAUCAAGCAAUACUUCCAUGCUGGAGGAAAUGGGCUGAAGAAAACCUUCCUGGAAAAAAGCCCUGACAUGAAGUCCCUCAAAUAUGCUCUCAGCCUUUACACUCAACCUACAGAUGCCUUGAUCAAGAAAUAUAUAUGCACCCAAACCUCUCAAGGUCAGUCAUCCAACGGGUCGGUGGGGGAGGUGUCAAUGCAAGUGAAUCUCAUCUCUCACCCUGGUACCGGAGAGCACAAAGUCAGCGCGAAGGUGGUCGCAGUCAACAACCUCAUCUGGCAAACCAAUGCCAUGUUCCGGCCGUUUGUAGAGGUCAACGCCGUGGGACCCCAUCUGGCUGACAAGAAACGCAAAUUCAGCACUAAGACCAAGAACAACAACUGGUCCCCAAAGUACAAUGAAACAUUCCAAUAUGUUCUCAGUAACGAACAUGGCCCUGAGUACUACGAGCUGCACGUCUCGGUUAAGGACUACUGCUUCGCCAGGGAGGACCGCGUCAUCGGCAUGACAGUCAUCCAGCUCCGAGAGCUGGCAGACACAGGCAGCUGCUCGGCCUGCUACCCCCUGAUGAAGAGCAUCUCUAUGGACGAAACUGGCCUCACCAUCAUGAGGAUACUUUCUCAAAGGACCAAUGAUGAGGUGGCCAAAGAGUUUGUGCGUCUCAAGACGGACACACGAUCGACCGAGGAAGUGUCGUAAUAUGAAGCAAACAUGCAGUAUUAAAAGAGUUGUGUUGUCUUAAGUGAGAUAAAAAAAAGAGCAGUAGCAACAGUUGUUCUUACUGGAUAGAAGAUAAGAGAAAGAGAUUGUCCAAAGAGAAGUGGAGGAGGCCUACAUGUGGCAAAGCAGCGAGACAGAGAGAGAGAGAGUUGUGUUUGUUUGUUUGUUUUUGUGCAUGUGCGUAAAACAUCUGUUGGAAUGUUCAUUUUAAAACUACAGUAUGUACAAGUGUUUACUUACCGUAUGCUUACUAUUAAGUACUAUAUUCUACAGGUUAUGUUAAGGGGACAUGAAAUACCUUUUGUACAACAUUUAGUCUUUUUGAACAGAGAUUUGUUCCAAUAAAGUGCCAAACCAGUGAAAAAAAAGAACAAAACCAACGUAUAUGAAUUAUGGUGAACUUAGUAUGUUUGAAAUUUGCUCGAUUAUUUUGUCCGGUGUAAGUCAUUUUCUGACCGUGUGGCGUUUUGAUUGUUGCAAAGUCUUUCAUUUUGCACCCUCGUUUUUUGGCUUCACGUUCUUCCACACAGCACUGUUGUGCAUGUCCUCUUCUCGGUCAUGUCUCUCCCAUGAUUCCAAGGUGACCACCGAGCAGGGCCCUGUCCCCUUGCCUUCAAACUGUUUGUAUUUUAAGUCAACCUGAAAAAAAAGACCAUGUUUUUUUAAAUGGCGAUGACUGCUAUGUAAACCUUCAUAGGUGUUUGUAAUUUUAUAACCAUGACAACAAUGACGACAGCCUCCAGUGCUAACAGUCUAAGCAGAAAGGAUGGAAAUGUUUCUUUUCUUCGGCUUUUUUUUUUUUUCCUUCUUUUGGGCCAUCAGCUUCCAGCCUUUCUGAAUGACCACUGUGAACAUGAGCUCUGGAAGGCAAGCUUACAUGACAUUGCUUACAGUUUGAUAUUAUUGUUUCAUAUUUUCCGAUAACUUUGUUCCUGAUAAACUGCCAAAGUUAUAUAAAAUAUUUGUACAAAAGCAAUCCAUUACAUGUAUGAAGCUAUAUAUGUACAUGUGAUCAAUUACUUUUUCAAUGCUAAAUAUUUGAUUAUCGAUAGGGUGGUACUAAGACUUUAUUUUUUUUAUUUCCUGUGAAGAUGUUAAACAAUAUGAAAGUUGCACAUGUUUCUUUACACAUCAUUUAAAUCAGCUCAUUGGAAUUAUUUUUCUUCAUAAAGGAAAGAGUCUAACAUUUGGUAAAUAUGCAACAUUCCUAUGUAUUGCACUGAUGGCGAAUUGUAUGUCAUGUAAAUAUAUUUAGUGAGAUAUUGUACAAAAGUCUACUUUUCUUCAAUGUGCAUAAAGUAUGUGCAAAUGUGUUAAAA